AUGUCUCUCACCUGGCGUAUUUCCGUCAAUGGCGAGGCUGACGAUCCCGAGGACUACCUUUCAGACGCACUGGGCGUCAUCUUCCCUGGCGAUAUCACAAACCAACAUGGUGAUGCCAAACACAAUCUCUCUUACACCUCACCUCAUCUCCCCAAGCCUCUUGUUAUCGACCUUGCCGACCCUGUGAAGGAGGAUGACCGCAAGCUGUUCUCACACUACCUUUGGAACUCCUCUCUAUUGCUCGCCGAGUUCAUCGAAGCCGACUCAUUGGGUAUCCCCCUGCAGAAGCCUCGCGAGGCCCAGGACAGCAUGUCCUUCGACGUAAAGGGACUCGAUAUUCUUGAGCUCGGAGCUGGAACCGCGUUGCCAAGUAUCAUGGGAGCUCUUCUGGGUGCAAAGCGUGUCGUCGCUACGGAUUACCCAGCCGAACCUGUUCUGAAAUCUCUACGCACAAAUGUCGAGCGCAACAUCCAACCCCCAUUCUCACCCGCCUCUGCCGAAAUGACCCCUUUUUCUGGGGUGUCCGUCCACGGCCAUUCCUGGGGCGAGCUCGAGGACCCCUUUAGCGUCUCAGGCGAGCACGCAUUUGACCGAAUCAUUGCAGCCGAUUGCCUCUGGAUGCCUUGGCAGCACACCAACUUACACCGAUCCAUCUCCCAUUUCCUUAAACGCACACCUGAAGCGCGAUGCUGGGUUGUCGCAGGUUUCCAUACUGGCCGACAGAAAAUGAGCGGAUUCUACGACGCCGCGGCCCUCAAGGAGGUCGGACUCGAGGUCGAGAGGAUAUGGGAAAGGGAUUGCAACGGCGAGGAGAGGUCAUGGGAUAUCGAGCGGGAAGAUGAUAUUACAAUUCGAAAGACGUGGCUCGUAGUCGCUUCGUUGAAGUGGAUCUCGACGCCGUGA